GUCUCCCUCUGACGUUUUCCUGUACACCGGCAAGAUGGCAUCCAAAAGUACAAAACAAAAGAAUUUAACAAAAGAAGAGGAAUUACUACUCCAGGACUUCAGCAGAAAUGUGUCUACUAAGUCUUCAGCAUUGUUUUAUGGAAAUGCGUUGAUAGUUUCAGCCAUUCCCAUCUGGUUGUACUGGAGGAUUCACCAAAUGGACUUAUACCAGUCGGGGAUUCUGUUUGCAGUCGGCACCCUCAUCAGUACAUACCUUGUAGCAUUCGCAUACAAAAAUGUCAAGUUCGUUCUCAAACACAAAAUUGCCCAGAAACGAGAGGAUGCUGUUGCCAGAGAAGUGAUGAAAAAAGUAGCUGAUGAUAAGAAAAUGAACAAAAAAGAAAAAGAUGAAAGGAUUUUAUGGAAGAAGAAUGAGGUGGCAGACUACGAGGCAACUACGUUCUCUAUAUUCUAUAACAACGCCUUUUAUUUGGUGCUUCUGAUUGCGAUGUCUUUUUACGCUCUCAAGAAUUUCAAUCCAAAUGUAAAUUAUGUAUUUUCAGUCGGAGCAGCUGCCGGUCUUCUAGCUCUCUUUUCAACAAGUACCAAAUAAGAUAUAUCAUGAAGUAUAGUUCUUUACAUCAAAGUGUGAAAGUGGUCAAAGGAUAGUUGUAUAUAUAUAUAUGUGACAGACUUUUCAUUGUAUUGGACCCACCAAAGAUUUAUUAAUGCAGCAGAAAUAUUAUUGCAGGUUUUGGCAGUUAAAAUAGUUCACAUAUCUUAGAAGCAUUUAGAGUGGAAUGUAGCAUUCUGUUGUGAAAGACAGUGAUUGUUUAAAAUAUGUUAGAAAGGUUUCGGUUGUUUUUAAUCAGCGAAGUCUUACCUUCUUAUAAUUGAAAAAUUUGCUCCAUUCAGGAAAAAUGUAAAAAUCUUUUUUCAAAAGAAGUGUUGAAAUCAUGAACAUCUAAAAAAAAGCGUUUUGUUUUCAUUGUUCAUGAAGCCCUCCAUUUAAAAUGUAUCAUCUAGUUUUGUUUCGAUAUAUGUAUUUGAUGUUAUUUAAAUCACACAAAGAAAUGAGAAACAGCGAAAAUGAAGUCCAUUAAAGUGAAAAAGUAUAGCUGUACAUGUUUGAAAUUAAGGUGAUAGAGUAAUGUUUUUUAUGUCAAUAAAAAGUAAAACUGUAA